GCCCGGAGCGGCGGCGGGGGUUGGGGCGGGAGAGCCGUCUCCGCUGCCGGCCAGGGACGUGCUCCGGCUGCCGGGCGGUUCCGCGCUCGGCGGAAACAAGAAACGGGAAAGGAAGGGAGCGGCGACGGGAGCCGGCGGCGGCCACCAUUAGCUGGCGGGAGGAGGAGCGGCGGGUAGCAGCAGCAGCAGCAGCAGUAGCCGCGGGGGGCUGCAGGCGGAGCGCGAGCGGAGCCCCGGUGCCGCCGCCGCCGCCGCCAGCGGGAGCGUGCCCGCCGCCUCCGCCCUCUGCUCUGCGAGGGAUCGCCGCCGCCCGCCCGCCGGGGGCUCCCCGAGCCGGGGCGAGUCCUUUUAGCUAUUGGACUUAGCGAAGGCAGGCUGGCGUGUGGAGGGCGAGGCUGUUGUCUGCAUUGGUCCUCGUGAAGCUGAGGAGAGUGGGAGAUGGAGCAAUUAUCGGAUGAAGAGCUUGACCAUGGUGCAGAAGAAGAUAGUGAUAAGGAAGAUCAGGAUCUGGACAAGAUGUUUGGGGCCUGGCUGGGAGAACUGGACAAACUCACACAGAGUUUGGAUUCAGACAAGCCUGUGGCACCAGUGAAGAGAUCACCUCUCCAUCAAGAAACCAACCUUGCCAACUUCUCAUAUCGAUUUUCCAUGUACAAUUUGAAUGAAGCUCUGAAUCAGGGGGAGGCUGUGGAUCUAGAUGCCCUCAUGGCUGAUCUGUGCUCCAUAGAGCAGGAGCUCAGCAGCAUUGGGUCUCAUUCAGCAAAUAAUACUGCAGUGAAACACCUUGCCACAGAAUCCAAAGUUCAGAAACCACCUACUAGCCGUCCUUCUACUAAGCAUGGCAGUAUGAAAGGAUUAUCCUCCUCAUCUGGUAAGGUUACUAAACCAUCACAUGCCAACGUUUCUUUGGAUGACAUCACUGCACAAUUAGAGAAAGCUUCUUUGAGCAUGGAUGAGGCAGCCCAACAGUCUGUAGCGGAAGACACCAAACCAGUAGUUAAUGCCCAGCACAGGAGGACAGCAUCUGCUGGCACAGUGAGUGAUGCUGAGGUGCGCUCAAUCAGUAACUCCUCCCGUUCCAGCAUAACUUCUGCAGCUUCCAGCAUGGACUCUUUGGAUAUCGAUAAGGUGACAAGACCUCAGGAACUGGACUUGACAUCACAAGGGCAACCAAUCACUGAGCACUCCUAUUUGGACAGGGAAACCUCCCUCCUUCUGAGAAACAUUGCAGGAAAGCCUUCUCACUUGCUGACCAAGGAGGAACAGGCUGCUAAACUGAAAGCUGAGAAGAUUAGAGUGGCUUUAGAGAAGAUUAAAGAGGCACAAGUGAAAAAGUUGGUGAUCAGAGUCCAUAUGUCUGACGACAGCUCAAAAACGAUGAUGGUGGAUGAGAGGCAGACAGUGAGACAAGUAUUAGACAAUCUGAUGGACAAGUCACAUUGUGGUUAUAGUUUAGACUGGUCAUUGGUGGAAACCAUCUCUGAAUUGCAGAUGGAAAGGAUUUUUGAAGAUCAUGAAAAUUUAGUUGAAAAUCUUCUGAAUUGGACAAGAGACAGUCAAAACAAACUAAUGUUUGUGGAACGUAUAGAGAAAUACGCACUUUUUAAGAAUCCCCAGAACUAUCUUCUGGGGAAAAAAGAAACCUCUGAGAUGGCAGACAGAAAUAAAGAGGUGCUGCUAGAGGAAUGUUUCUGUGGAAGUUCUGUAACUGUGCCAGAAAUUGAGGGAGUUCUGUGGCUGAAAGAGGAUGGUAAGAAGUCUUGGAAGAAACGUUACUUUCUUCUUCGGGCUUCAGGAAUCUACUAUGUUCCUAAGGGGAAGGCAAAGGUCUCGCGGGAUCUUGUCUGCUUUCUACAGCUAGAUCAUGUCAAUGUUUACUAUGGACAGGACUAUCGGAACAAAUACAAAGCUCCUACAGACUACUGUUUAGUGCUGAAGCAUCCUCAGAUCCAGAAGAAAUCCCAGUAUAUCAAGUAUCUUUGCUGUGAUGAUGUAAGAACUCUACACCAAUGGAUCAAUGGCAUCCGCAUUGCUAAGUAUGGGAAGCAACUGUAUAUGAACUAUCAAGAAGCACUAAAGAGAACAGAAUCGGCAUAUGACUGGACUUCCUUGUCUAGCUCCAGUAUCAAGUCCGGCUCCAGCUCAUCUAGUUUGCCAGAGUCUCAAUCAAAUCAUUCUAAUCAGUCUGACAGUGGAGUUUCUGACACCCAGCCAACUGGACAUGUCCGUUCCCAAAGUAUUGUCAGCUCCAUGUUCUCUGAGGCCUGGAAGCGAGGCACACAACUGGAGGAAUCCAGCAAGCCAGGACUCCUGCAACCAGUGCUGACCCACAAGGCUGACCCAUGUGGCUACACCACUUGUAUGUGUAAUUCUUUCCCUGAACAAACAGGUAGGUUUCUGCAGAGAGCAUUUUGUUCUCAAAUGAACAUACAUAGCGUAGUCUCACGCUGUCUGUGCCCAAUAAGAUGUAUUAUCUUUACAGAAACUAGUGUCUGGAAACAGUUAAAAGUAUUGUUCGUAAUUCAUUAGCAGCUGUCAGGAAACAUUUCCUUCUAGAAAGAGAGAAGGGAUUGGGAACUUCAGGCAAGCGCAGCUGGAAUUCUCUUUUCUUUGACUUGCCAGAAACUGUGACCAACGCAUAAAUCUGUUAAUUACGAAGUUGCACUUCCAGUAGUCAAGAGGAGGGCUGGAAAAAGAAUCUUUGAGAGGCAGUAACAUUUGCAAACAGUUUUAAGGGGCCGUAUGAGUUGGAAAUAUUUGCUUGUUUUUUUUCAUUUGCCACCAACUCACGAUCACAUCAGGUGCCAGAGUCCUUUUUUCUGUUUUCUUUUUUUUUUUUUUGUACUUCAAACCCAUGGUUUGGACACGGUAAGUUAGUGUAGUUAGCGUAAGUGCUCGUGUGUUGUGCAUGCUCAUUACAGGGUAGUGGUACGCAAUCUUUGUAAGUUAACCAGAAUAUUGGGCCUGUACCUAGGCCAUCCUUGCUUGUUAUAACUUCCUUGGUCAAGACAGGGAUACCGUCAAGGCUCAGAUGUCAGAAGAGUUUUAUUGUUUAUUGUUUACCUUUUCUCCAAAAGAAAAUAUUAUUACAUGCUUUCCUUCCCCCAAAAAGUGAAACAAAGGCAGUAGCUUCACCUGACAGCGUCUUCGAGUGUGUAAAAUAAGAUAGAAGCUAAGCUCUCGUUAGAGAAAUUCAGACUGAUACGAAAUAUUUUGAGCGUGUCUGCUAUUCCUUUUUUAUAGUGUUUUUUAAUCUAAAUAAUAAAAUAAAUGUCUUUGUGAAUAAUUUAUCAAUAGGAAAAAGAUUUUGCCAAUUAGAAGUAAAAAUGACACUUCUAUAACUGUAAUUUUAAAUAAGUGUCAUGAAAAGAGAAAAAUUAAUGGUGCUGUCUCUGCUGACCUGUUUCGUAUACCUUUUUAAAAUCUGUUUCAGCACCUCUGGAAAUUAUUUUAGUAUUUCAGACUUGGUUGUUUUUUUUUUUUUUGAGCAAUAAGGAUAUACCAUUGUGUGCAUUUUUAAAGCACUGCUAGGAAAAGGCACUUUUUUUCUAUCUUUCAGAUUGUUCACAAAGUUUAGUUUCUACUAUUUUUGUGCUUAUGAAGUGUCCUUAAAAGCAUUUGUGUUGUUGAUUUUAAGCAUGCUCAGUAUAGCUGGCAAAUAAGUUCAUAGAAAAAUUGUUAAACUGUACUGCAAUUCAUGGGUGCUGUAAUUUUCUAUAUUGGUUCUCCUGCUGCUUUGUACUGUAUGCAGCUCCUGGGGCUUGUCCCCACCAGUGGUGCAAAAUGUGUGCAGACACAGUCAUAACUUCCCAGCUGUUACUGGCAAUAGGCAAGUGGGCACGUUCUCUGCUUCCUGGUAGGGUGCCCAGAUGAGAGCAAUCAGGGAAAUCUGUUUGUCUCCCGUUUUUCUUUCCCUACAAAACAAUUUCACUGGUGGGUGACAGUUCCUGUCCUUUUUCUUCUGUUCAUUCAGUGCAGGUGCCUCUGGGAUUUGCGUUUGGCGGAGCAAUGUUUUGAGUGCAGGUUUUUCAGAAGUGUUUGAGCUUUGUUCUUGUUUUCCUGUGCCCAAGUUCAUUUACCCAGUAUCUCCCCCUAGACAGUUAAUCCAUGCUUAAUUUUGCAGGCUACUAAAGAGCUUGCUGGGAGACAGAAAUUGAACACCCAACUUUACAGCAAAAAGAAUGAGCGUCAGCAAAGGUGGCACCCUUCUUAGUACAACUUCCUUCGUUAGUAAGUAGUCACACAGAAACAUAGCAAGUGGCUGCAGCUUUCUCUCAGAUGAGCGCUGAAAUUUGGAUACAGAGUGGUUUGGAGAACCUGGAUGCCUUUUCACCUUGUGAGACCUGCUGACGUAACUUGCUUUUCCAGUGUAUUUACUGUUUUUAUGACUGCAAAUAUUUAUGCCUUAUUUACAAGUAUGUUAUUUUUGCCCUUGUGCACUGGUCUCUGAAUUCUACCAUUUUCUCUGUUAAAAUCAAAACAAAGGAGCCAAAUUUCAGACAUACAGCAAGAUGCUUCUUGCUACAACCACGGGGCUGUAAUCCAUUUGGCACUAUUAAAAUGAAUGUGUGAGCUGAGCUAGCAUACUGUGUACACAAAGAUAGCAAAUGCUUUCAUCUUAGAAUGCUGAAAAUGGAUAGCUAUAGUUACAUGUAAUGUACCCUUUGACUCGUAACGUCAGGGAGAGCCUUGCUCCUGCAGGAGUUGCUGAGAGCAGAUAGUGGCAUGCUGUACUCCAUUCCAGUGCCCAUUCUUUUAAAUUUCCUCUCUGCCAGGCAGUGGUGACAUCUGCCUCUGCAGGUAGCAGGGCUCUGUUCAGCCAGCAGAGAGAGGAGUUCUCUGCGUGCAGUAUAGGUAGGGUGUAGAAAGCCAGGGGCCCAGUCUUCUCACAUACUUCCCUUUUAAUUCUGCUCUUGGGGAAUGGCUUUGGAAGGGAAAACUAGGCUCUCAUAACAGCAGUAACCAUAGGGGAGAAGGGAUAUAACAAGAAAGCCUUUUAGCAAGUGGCUCUAAACAAAUCAUUGGUAACAUGUUUGAGUUGGACAUGCCAGUUUUUCUGUCUUUCAAAACAGGAAGGAGGCACAAGUCCCACAAAAAAGAAAAAAGUAAUCUAGUUAUUUCAAUUACUUUACAUGGAAAUUACCUGCUUUCCUCUGUGCAGUAGCUUCCUUACGCAACAAACGACUACUUGCUCUAACUUGGCGCGCAGCCUCAAAGCCAAAGAGCUCCUCUCCUGAACUUACUGUGCAAUUUCCUGCAGAGCAACAGGGAAUGACCAACACAUCAGGGAGACAUCAAGGUACUGAAUCACUUUGGUUUCAGGACUAAUGGGAGAGGGAGCAAUAUUUUAACAAGUGCAUUUUAAGAUUUACUGUUCUGGAGUUGCACAUGUGGAGUUUGGUUGGUUUUUUUUCUCCUAAUUUAUUUCUUUGUUCUGUGCUCUUAGGCAACCAGGUAGCACAAAGCAGUGUGGCCAGUCUUGCUCUGGAUUAAAAUUAUUUCUAUCCACAGUUAGAGGAACCAAAAGUGCCAUUUCAACAGCAGUAGGGCAAAAAAGAGGUUUUUUUCUGCUUAUUACAGAAAACUGCAUAGACUUAAAUUGUUACACUUCAGUGGUGCCAUUACAGGUAAAAUUCUCUUAUUCAAAAUAAGAUAAGAAGUAGGUCUUACUUUGAGCGUUACUUCCAAUACAGAGUCAUGUUAAAAUCAGUUGCAUCUCCUUGAUUAAUUGAGGCACUGUAUGGCUCACUGGCAUAAACUAUAGCUGGAGAACAUCUGAUGUGGUAGAGAAUAAGAUUUUCCAUUUGAAAAUACUGUAAACAUAGAGCCAAAUUCUUAGAGCUGUAGUGGUAUUUUUACUUGAUUUGUUACCUGCAGAAUUUUCAACACUUGAUACUCUUCCUCAUUUUUAGCAUUUACUUCAAAGUAGCAGCAGGAGUUUAUAAAGGUAUUUUCUGUGCAGUAUAAAUGUGUGCGACUUCCAUCUUGUCAGCAUAUAUGCUUUCUUGGAGUUUUGUCUCGGACCAAACACAAGAGCAAUAUAAACUCCUGACACAAGGUAGUGAAGAUGCAAUCAACCAGAACAUAUGAGGAGUUUUGUUUUCUUGGUGGUGGUUUUUCCCUUUUUUUUCAUUGUGAAAUUGUAGAUUAUAUUCUUGUUCAGUUUGCUCCGAAUCUGGGGCAAGGGGAGACUUAUUUGUUUGGUGGUAGGAGCUUCCUUAUUUGUGGCUCCUGAUGUUCAGCUUUGCAUUCCCUUUUUUACUUGGAGUACGCUCCAAUCCAGAGAGCAUUUAACACUACAGCUUUCACUUCCAUGUUUCUAUAAAAUGCUGGUGGUUUUUAAACUUUUUAUUUUAGAAAUGUAAGUACAUUUUCCUAAAAUUGAAUAACUUUCCUUUCUGAAUUAAUUUUCUCCUAAAGUUAAAAAAAAAAAAAAGUGACAAAACCAGCAUUAUAGUGCAGGGGUCAGCACACACUAAUACUGUGAUCCACUGAGACACAGGCUUUGUCUAGUUUUGAAAAGUUUAAGCCACUAAAUUGCAAAUGAUGUGACAACACAUGACUGGCCAUCAUAUGUAAAUUCACUGCCACUAAUGCGGGAAAAAUAAUGACUUGGGCAGAUGGCUGUUUUGGUGCUUUGAGGCACUCAAGUAGGGCAAGGAUUCAGUGAGCUCUGUUCCUGAGAAUCGUACAUCCUCGAUGAGGUGAGCUAGAGAAGAGGGGGGAGGAACAGGAACUGGUGCUGUAUCUAUGCCCAGUGCCCUACAGCAGGGAGUUAGUGAGGGGAAUGAGUGAGAAGGAACUUGAGUAACAGGUUUUGGAAACCCCCUUAAGUGUUAACACUUAAAGGCAACCUGUCUGUUAUGACACUUACUUAGGAAUUGAACCAACUGUUCCUUACAGUGGAAAAUAGUUCUCUCUCACUCAGGAAUUCCUAAGAUGCCAAAGAUGCAUUCAGAGCUAAAUUUCAGGUACGCAGAUGUGCUUGCAGCAGCUGCUUCUGGGGCUAAGUGGUGAGGGGCUGCAGCUGCUGGUUGGCAGAACUGGGCUGCUGCCGUGCAAUCCUUGUCUUGACUCACCACCGUAGGUAACUGAGUACAGACCUGCACGGGGCAUGGGCAAAGGGCAGUUUAGCAAGAGAACCUGUGCUCAAAGACUCCCUUGUAACUAAUCUGGUGCAGCACUUUUACUUUAAAGCUUAUACUUUAAAAAGGAAAAUCAAUACUUUCACAAGUUACAGCUGAACUCCUUGGUCUCCUCCUAGUGGACUGCCAUGGACCAGAAAUUAACUGGAGCAGCAGUUUGUUUUAUGGCUUACACUAACAACUGUUAGCAGCCACUAGUGAUAUCCUGUACAAUACUGGGGAUGCAAAUGUAAGAAAAAAGUGUCAUUGCAAUGAUGAUCUGUCUGUACAGCAAACUUGUGAUAAGUGCUGUAAAUACAUUCAUGUUUACCGCUUUAAAAAAAGAAAAUUGCACAUUCUAUCUUUCAGUGGGAUUGCCUCCCCUCUUCUUCCCUUUCCAAAAAAGAAAAAGCAAAGCUCUUUUAGACUGAUAGCUUCAGGUUGGGGGGAGCUUUGCCAUAUUAUAAAUAUAUAUAAAUAUAUGUAUAAAUAUACUUUUUUAAGCAUGAGAGAGGACAAAAGAAAUACAUUAUAGAGUACCCAAUAUAGAUCAUUAUACGAUGGAAUAUGCACAAUUCAAUAAAGAUGUAGUUAAAUUUAA